AAAUUAUCAAAGACGAAAACAUGUGAUCGAUAAGAAAAAGCAACAGGGUGACCGCAGUCACCAAUCCCUCCUUCACCUACCACCCCUCUUUCAUAUACCUAACAAUGGCUUCAUAGAUUCCCACCCACCAACCACUAGACCAAACCACCUCUCAAUCCGAUCACACCAUUCCAUAUGGCAGCGGCGGCGACGGCCUCAUAUUCCACAAUUUCACCCAAACACAACGUUUCUUUCUCCACCAACAACCACCACCAUUUCAAUAAGAACGCUCUAGGUUUUGUAUCCGAAAAUCCCAUUCCAAUACGUUCUCUUUCCCUUUCUUGCUCCCGUCCAGCUAAACAUUCAAUGAAAGUAUCUGCCACUUCAGCUGCUCCUCCGGUGAUCGAGACUAGUAAGUCGAGUUCUGAUGAAGUUCCCACUGUAGUUGAUGUUGAUUUAGGUGAUCGGAGUUAUCCAAUCUAUAUUGGAUCUGGUCUGCUUAAUCAACCGGAUCUUCUACAGAGGCAUAUUCAUGGGAAGAGAGUUCUUGUAGUCACAAACACCACAGUGGCGCCUUUAUACUUGGAUAAAGUUGUUUAA